AUGCGAGGUAGCCAAUCGACUGAGUUUCCGUCACUCGACGAUGAACGCCUGCCAUCAACAGCGGCUGACAAAGAGCUUCUCAAAGAGCUUCAACUUGCUUGGGAACGACACUCAGAUAAAUGGGACGAAGAAACAAAGAGUGAGUUCGUCGACCAUAUUCCCAAAGGUCACACAAAAGUCACAAAGACAAACCGCACCCAACCGAGUGGCCAUCGACUCUGGAAAUCUGGCCGUAUGACCUUCGCCGUAUGGAUAAUCUUUCGGGUCACCUACGACUACGACAAACUGAUAAAGCCCAGAGGAUGGCUUCGAAGUCGAUACAGGAAUAUCGACCCGCAGUCUUGGGCGAGCCCCAACUACAAGAAGUCUGUAAAGUCUAAGGGGACCAAGGAACUCUGUGACAACAAAGGCAAUUGCGAAGACAACUAUGGCGAUGAUAGCGAUGAUAGCGACGAUAGCGACGACAGCGAUGACCAAGGCCGAAUAGAUGCGAGUUAUCCUGAAGAUAAAACCGACUUCCUCUAA